ACCCCCAGCUAGCUGUGCGAAUCUGUGAGAGCCGCGCGAAAUAUGACCAAGAGCCGAAAGUCCUUUAAGCACUCGCCGCAGGACAGCUCGGAGGCAUAAAAAGGCCUAAACAGAAUUUCGCACUAAUACCGGCGACAAGUCAAACUGAAGGCUGAAAUCUCCACCAGCGAGCACAGAAAUUUAUGUGCUCCGGGGCGGUGCCUUCAUUAUGCAGUGACCUACAAUGAAAUGGGCUGCCGUUGCACAAAAUUUAUGUGCAAAGUUGAGAGACAGCCUAAGUACCACGGGGCUUGCCCAGACAACUUCAAGUUCUCAGCUCUAUGCUGACACGGCAGCCAGCUACAAGAAUCAAAGUGUCCAAAAGCUUCAAUUCUGAUAAAAAAAAAUAAAAUAAUAUAAAAACUAAAUUGCUUUCGAUUCAAUGAAGCAUAUAAUAAAACCAGCGAUAAAAUCGCCAAAUCAACAAGCAUAGGCCAUGGCUAAGACAAGGGCAGUUUAUCGCAAGUGCUUCGAUCGAGAGGUAUGUAUCUAAAAUUUGUGCUGCUAUUGGCCUGCCUGAGCCUGGCUAAAGCUACUAACCAGGUGCGCUAUGACAACUACAUUCUGUACAAAGUCCAUAUCAAGGAUGCCGCAGAUCUCCAACUGCUCAAUGAGAAUGAGAAAGCUCUGAUGCUUAAUAAAUGGCGGCCUGCGAGUCGUCCAGGGGACUCAGCGGAUAUUAUGCUGUCGCCUCAGCACCAUGUGGCGUUUGAGUCUUUGCUCCACAGCCACAACGUGAGCUAUAGCAUCAAGAUCGACAACGUGCAGCGCCUGAUCGAUGAGCAGCGGCCAAAGCAACGAAUGAGCUCGAUGGAGUGGACCCAGUACCACACCCUAGACGAGAUCUACGCCUGGCUGGAUCUGAUCGAGGCGCGUUACCCUCACGUAGUCACACCCUUCUCGAUUGGCAACUCGCAUGAGGGUCGCCCCAUACGUGGCAUCAAGAUAUCCUACAAGCCGGGCAACAGCGCCGUCUUCAUCGAGUCAAAUAUUCACGGAAAUGAAUGGAUCACCUCGGCUACGAUCACAUACUUCAUCGAUGAGCUGCUCGUGCCUAGAAAUCCGGCUGUUAGGGAUAUAGCCCAAAAUGUGGACUGGUACAUUAUUCCCGUGCUAAAUGUGGAUGGCUUUAGCUACUCACACAAUGUGGAACGUUUGUGGCGAAAGUCUCGUCUGAGCUCGGAUCCCACUGGAGAAUGCGUAGGAACCGAUUUAAAUCGCAAUUUUAAUUAUCGCUGGAUGGAGGCUGGCGCUUCUGCUGAUCCUUGCAGUCAACAUUAUGCUGGUCCAUCUCCCGAGUCCGAUCCGGAAAUUAGUCAACUGACGAGCUACAUUAACAACUCCAUACCGGAGGGUAUUAUAAAAAUCUACAUAUCCAUGCACUCGUAUAGCCAGCUAGUGCUCUCGCCCUGGGGCCAUACGGCCGAGGAGUUUCCCCCACACUAUCCGCAGAUGAUGGGCGUAGCCAAAGGAUUUGCCGAUGCAGUCUCCAGGCGCUAUGGCACUCCAUAUAGCUAUGGAUCCAGUGCCGCAACUCUAUAUGAAGUUUCUGGUACGGGCAAGGACUGGGCCUAUGGCGUCAAGAACAUAACCAUACCCUUUACCUUGGAGCUACGCGAUAGGGGCGAAUUCGGAUUCCUGCUGCCGCCAGAGUAUAUAUUACCUGUGGCCCGUGAGACCACGGAGGGAUUCGUCGGCCUGAUACAGGCUGCCCGUGGAAUUAAUGUCUUGUGAGCAGCUUAGCACUCAAUAAAGAAGCCCCAAAAAAAAAAAAGAAAAAGAAAAAGAAAAACACAGUCAAACAGUCAGAAACAGCCCCCAUUGUUGGCUCCCCAAUGCAGACGGCGCCACUGUGCUCAGGGCUUUUGCUCCGCCCCAAAAACGAACAGCGCGCCGAAGCUUCCAAUCAGCGACGACGAUGCGGCCAAACAGAAACGAAUCGUGCCGAGCUCUGGCACUGUGAUAAGGCAGAAGCAGCAGCAGCGAACAGCUAACGGUUGUCGCCUGCAUUUUCUUUGCCUUUUUUUUGCGUGUUUGCGCUUUCCACACAGGCUGCUGCUGGUUUUCUUUCUACUUUUCGUUUUUUUUUUUUUUGUUUGCUUUUCAAGUGUGAAAGGCGCCGUUGGCCGCCAAGUCUCCGCCUAUUUUCAACGCGCGCGCAGCAUCCUGCUGGGCUGGAUGCCAACUCAUCAUGCAUGCGAUGAGCAUACACAUAACUGUAUAUGUGUAUAGCUGUGUGUGUGUGUGUAUGUGUGAGUCUCCUACUCGUAUGCGCGUUAGCAAAC